GGUACUUGUAGCCUAAUGAUGGGAAGAAGCUAUACUAAUUCAAUCGAAUUUUCAGACUUCCAAUACCCAGUCAAGUUUGCGAUAUCUCAACGAGGCGGGAUUAUCAUGCAUAUUGGAAAAUAUAGUUUUAACAAAAAGACCACUUCUGGAUAUAGGAACACCUGGUAUUGCACGAGCUAUUAUAAUCAUCCCCCUUGCAAAGCAAAGGUUCACACCAUAGGGAGACAAAUCGUGGCCAUAGUUGGACACCACUGUCAUUAAUAACAUUGAAGCUAUACUUUAUAAUGUCGAAGUAAACACAAUAAUGCAUCGCCUCCCGGCUCGGAAUAGAAUAAGGAGGUUUUUAGUCGUAAGAGUCUGACACCCGCACUCCUAAAACCUUGUACAUAUUCGCUCAAUCAAAUGUGUUGUUAUCUAAUAUAAUUAUUUAAUUUUGUAGUUUUAG